AGUUAAUGCAGAGAAGAAUGAAGAUCUAUAUUUUGGUAUGUCUGAUUGUAUAUGUUAAUGGACAAUUAAGAUGGGAGAGUAUAGAUCGAGGAAUAGGAGAUGCACCAAGUCCUAGAACCAGGUUUGGAUUCGGAUAUGAUUCUAUAAGAGAUCAAAUUAUUGUGUUUGGUGGCAACCCUGGUCCCUUGAAGGACACCUGGAUUUUCGAUGUAUCGUCAGGUGAAUGGAGGUUGGUAUUAGUGACAGCCAGUCCGGAGGCUAGAUUUGGUAUGGUCAGUGGAAUAAGUGGCGAUUUUUUCUACAUUGCCACAGGCGAAGGAGAAAACAAACGACAUUUUAAUGAUAUCUGGAGGUUUGAUUUAAGAUCAGAAGAGUGGGAAAAACUUCCAUCUCAGAGACGACCCGAUUUUUACAGUCCAUCUGAAUGGGCGACCAGAAAUGAAUCUAUGCUAGCACCGGAAGCAAGAUUUGGCAGUGUUGGUGGUAUAUAUUUCAAUAGUGGUGAUGAAUUCUUCGUUAAUAUGGGGUUUGAUAACAACAAAAGAUAUAUAAAUACAUACUCUUAUAAUGUGAAAGAUCUGGGCUGGAAUUUUGUUAACUGUAAAGAUUGUAACGACUAUAACCCAAGUUAUCCUCAUGCUAGAUGUCUACAUGCUGGAACUAUGAUAGAUCGACAAGAAUUCGUUAUAUUUGGUGGCUGUUUGGGGGGCGGUGGAACUGGUGGUCCUUGUCCAUCUGGUGAUUCCUGGAAAUAUAGUGGUAAAACACAGACUUGGACACUUCUUCCUGAUUGUGCUGCUCCGAGAACUUUUGGUGCCAUGGCCGCUCUUCCAUACACUUAUAAUAGAAGAAGAGUCGUACUUUAUGGUGGAAUGGAACAUUCGGACCAAAUCAUUACGACUCAAACAAUACCAGACGAUCAGAUAGCUGUAUAUGAUCCAGAUACUAAUACUUGGACUCUACGAAGAACUCUCCCUUUGAAUACCACAGUCUCCGUUCCAAAUGGAAGAAGUAUGGCAGGAAUGGCUACAGCUAAAGAUGGAAUUUAUAUGUUUGGCGGAAUGAAUAAAAACAGUAAUACACCAAUGAAUGAUCUAUGGAUUUUAAGAGGAAGUGUGAUUGAAGCAGAUGAGUCUGAACUACUGCCAUGUACCACAGGAUUUAUCAACUUUAUAGCUGUCCAUGCCUAUUUAAUGGUUAUUGGUUGGGGUUUCUUUCUUCAAUGGGGUGGUUUUAUAGCCCGAUAUCUCAAGUUUAAAAAUCCUCUGUGGUUUUAUCUUCAUGUAACAUUCCAGAUAUUUGGUCUAUGUUGUGCAAUAGCUGGGUUGGUAAUGGGUAUAUUAUCAGUACCAUUUGAUCAUCUUAAAUUCCCACACUCAAUAAUAGGUGUUGUUGUAAUGGUAUUGGGUAUACUGCAACCAAUUAAUGCUUUGAUACGACCGAACAAACAGCAACCAGAUGAAACCAAAUCAUUCCGUCGAAGAUUCUGGGAAUUUUUUCACCAUUUUGGUGGAAGGUUGGCAUUAGUUCUAGCCCUCGUCAACAUCUCGUUGGGAGUAUUUUUAGCAGUGGUAGCACCCUUACUCUGGAUAUUGUGGUUUGCCUAUUUAGGAUUUCUGAUCUUAGUAUAUGCUAUUGUUGAAUGCGUCAGAAGUUUGAAAGGUCGAAGUCGGAGUUCUCAAAAUGGCAUGUUUGCAGAUAAAAAGAAAAAAUAUAUGAUGGAAGGAAUGGAUAAUAAUGGGUCAAAGCAAUUCAUCGAUGUGUAUCUAUAGAGGCUGAAAUAUUCAAUUUCUAAAAAGGGUAACCUGUCUUUUUUUUUUCUUUCAUUUUCAUGGAUUUGUCGUAAAAACCAUUGCGCUGGAGAUUUUGUUCGUAUACAUGUAUUUUGUUGUGUAACGAUAUAUUGUUUGUUGAUGUAUAUUAGUUAAUGUGUUUUGUAUAUAAGUAAUUGUAUAUUUUUAUAAUAGAUUAUUGUAUAUUAUAAAAAGAUCUUCUUUGAUUGAGAUACUUGAGCCCACUAUUUAGUUGAGUUACAGGC